UAUUGCUUGACGUUACUUAAAAAUUAAGUUACAUUUUGUCAGUGGAUGUGAUAUUUAAUGCGCCUGCUGUUGAUGUUGUGGCUGCUGCAGCUACCCCGUACCCUGAGAGAACGAGUAUUCAUGAGUGGUUCGUUGGUUAGUUGGUUGGUUGGUUGCCUGCUGCUGGCGUUACAAUCGGUGGGCAACAUUUCGCGCACUGCAUAAAACCGGUGACCCACGUUGGGUCCGAUUUAGUCGUUAGCGCGCGGGCAGCUUGAUCACAUCGUUUGCAAUCGUAGAUCGCAUCCGUCAGAUACAGACAGCUUGACACCUGCGGGAGGGCGGCUUUCGUUUUGAUAUCGGUUCACCAAUGUGUUUAUCCAAUUUAUUGGUAUUUGCGAAAAGUUCCUUAGCACACUUAUCAAAAGUUUAAGCUGCAUCGGACCAAAUUCGUAUUCUGACAACUGUAACUUUGUGCUUUAAGAAAAAAAACAAAAACACAUUGUUUUUCCGAUUCAGUUAUAGUUUUAGGUAGCAAUCUGUUCCUAGGCCAUCGCAAUGAGUAAAAAUGGACACAACAAUCCGGCAUUUGUCAGCGAUCAUGUGGACAAUGUCAAGCAGCAGAGCGGCAACAAAUACUCCCUGGAGCUGGCGGAGAAGGGUGCGGCUAAGGAUCCCGAAUACAAUCCCUACGAGCAUCGUGAGGUGCCACAUCCAACAACCAACUGGGAAACACUAUUCCAUUUACUAAAGGGCUCUCUUGGCACAGGUAUUCUGGCCAUGCCGAAUGCGUUUCGGAACUCCGGUUACGUAACGGGCUCCAUAGGCACCAUUGUGAUUGGUUUUAUAUGCACCUACUGCAUACACCAGCUGGUCAAAGCCGAGUAUGAACUGUGUCGGCGCAGGAAGGUGCCCAGUAUGAACUAUCCAGCUGUGGCGGAGACGGCGCUGAGUGAAGGUCCCGCUUUCUUUAAAGCCUGUGCACCCUAUAUAGGCACCGUAGUGAAUGUAUUUCUGCUGAUUUACCAGCUGGGCACCUGCUGUGUUUAUGUGGUGUUUGUUGCGUCCAACAUCAAGUCCAUUGUAGAUGCCGUCUGCGAUACGAACAUAGAUGUGCGUCUGUGCAUGAUCAUCAUAUUGAUUCCGCUGAUACUCAUUAACUGGGUGCGCCAGCUAAAGUACCUGGCGCCCUUCUCCACACUGGCCAAUUUCAUAACUAUGGUGUCCUUUGGCCUCAUUUGCUACUAUAUAUUUCGGGAGCCCGUCACAACUGAUGGCAAAGAGGCCUUUGGCAAGGUGGAGAACUUUCCACUAUUCUUUGGAACGGUUUUGUUCGCAUUGGAGGCCAUUGGCGUCAUAUUGCCGCUUGAGAAUGAGAUGAAGUCUCCACACAAAUUUGGCGGUUCCUGCGGCGUUCUGAAUGUAUCUAUGAUAUUGAUUGUGUUCCUGUACGUUGGCAUGGGCCUGUUCGGUUAUCUGAACUAUGGUUCCAGUGUGCUGGGCUCCAUUACCCUAAAUUUGCCGGAGCACGAAAUUCCAGCUCAGUGCGUUAAGGGCAUGUUGGCCUUUGCCAUCUAUAUCACACACGGUCUGGCCUGUUAUGUGGCCAUCGACAUCACCUGGAACGAUUACGUUGGCAAGAAGCUGGGUCCACAGCGUAACAAGCUAUUCUGGGAAUAUGCGGUGCGUACGGGUCUUGUGCUGAUCACGUUUCUCCUGGCCGUAGCCAUACCCAAUUUGGAGCUCUUUAUUUCGCUUUUUGGCGCUCUUUGCUUAUCCGCGCUGGGAUUGGCCUUUCCAGCUCUGAUUCAAAUAUGCACUCACUGGUACGAAACAAGCGGUAUGAGCAAGGGCUGGCUGCUGUUAAGCAACUUUGUGCUAAUUAUUGUGGGCGUUCUUGGUCUUGUAAUUGGCACGUAUACCUCUCUCAAGGAGAUUGUUCUCACAUUCACUGAGUAACUGAAUAUUUUACAAUUG